UCUGCACCAGAUGACCGCUUGUGGAAUUAGGGUCCGAACGAGGCUCCGACUCCGUCUCCUUUGUCUCCACGCACUGCAGCAUGAAACCGGAACUCCCUACCGGUUUGUAAAGCCAUGUGGACUUUCUGAUGUUUUGCUCGUGCUUUUCCGCUGAACGGUACCUGUGAAAUCCCGGGCCGGGGACAGAGUGAUGUCCAUAGUGCCGGUGAGUUGGCGGGGACCAUGGCGAAGCGCGCGCUCUCUCACCUCGCUCUGUGGAACGCGGGCGCGCUCUCGCUGCUGCUGCUGUGCGCUCGCGCCGCUUGCCCUGAGCUCUGCGAGUGUCCGCGCGCGCAACACGUCCUCUGCGCCAACCGCGGCUUGCACGCCGUUCCAGAGAGCAGCCGGUCCGUGCGCGUGCUCGGCCUCGCGGGCAACUUUAUCGGUAACGUGAGCGCGCUCGCUCUGGCACACUACGGCCACUUGACGCGGCUCGACCUGCAGUUCAACCAGAUCCGGCGCGUGCAUCCGAAAGCGUUCGAAAAGCUCGUGGAGCUUGAGGAGCUGUAUCUGGGACACAAUCUGAUUUCGACGCUGCACCCCGGGACCUUCGGGCCGUUACAGAAGCUCACCGUGCUGUACGGUAACGAUAAUGACAUCCGGGAUCUGACAGGAGACACAUUCGGGAGGCUGGAGCGUUUGGUCCGGUUGAGGCUGGAUAAGAAUGCCAUAGAGCGACUGAGCGAGUCCGUGUUUAAACACCUCUCCAGUCUGAUGUUCCUGCAGCUGGAAUCUAACCAGCUCCGUCACAUUCACCACAAAGCUUUUUCCACUCUGACCAAACUCCAGUUCCUCAACCUGUCGGACAAUAAGCAAACGCAGCUGCGCGCCACGGCCCUGUUCUCCCAGCUCAGGUCUUUAGUCACGCUGCUGCUCUCGGGAAACCAAAUCACGCACAUCGGCAGUCACGUGUUUCAGAACCUGAAAAAGCUCACCAAGCUGUCGCUGAGUAACAACCACAUUCUCAGGCUGGAGAACGACACGCUGAAGGGGCUCGCGCGCCUCCGGGAGCUUGCAAUCGACGGCAACGAGCUAACGGAGAUCCAGGCGGGUGUACUGGAGCCGCUCGCGCGCGUCGAACGGCUCGAUCUCAGCGACAACCGGAUCACGCGUAUCGAUCCCGCCGCGUUCACUCGCCUCGCCCGUCUCAGGGUGCUGGAUCUAAGCAACAACCGGCUCAGGAGGAUCUCCGGCGGCGCUUUCGCCUCAAACGCCGCGCUCCUCCAGCUGGACCUGAGCGGUAACGAGUGGAAAUGUGACUGUCGCUUGGAGAAGCUGAAGGAGUGGAUGGCGGAGACGCGCGCUCGUGGAAAGUUACUCACAGCGCUCGUGCGAUGCCAUCACCCGCCCACACUCGAGGGCAAAUAUCUGGACCAUGUGAACGACACGGAGCUGCUGGCGGACCGGACCGGAAGCGGGUACUGCAAACCGGAUGACGAGGCAGAAGUGAUGGAGGCUCGCGGAGCAGGAGCGCAGGAGCCGCCGGGUGUAACGGAGGAGAGGCUGAACAGAGGAGGAGGGAAGGAGGAGGACAUGGCGGCUGACGGAGGUCACAGGAACCCGACGAUGAAGAGGAAGAAGGAGGAGAAGCUCAGAACAAAACCUGCACCAAGUGCUUCUGCGAAAGCAAGCUCCUCCUCGGCUCUUCUGGGAACACGGACAACCAAAAUGUUCCCUUUAAUGCUGGAGAACGCGAGCAUGUGGGAGCUGAAUGAUGCAGUGCGGAACCCCGGCAGUCACAAGUCCGAGCCACAGAAACGCGUGGAGCAUUACGCAGCCAGACGUGUGGAGCUGACGGACGCGUGUCACUUCAACCGCCGCUACAUCGAGAACGUGAGCGUGCACAACGUGAGCUUCGACUCGAGCACGGUGUCGUGGAGCACACCUGAGGACACACACACUGUCCGGGGCCAAGCGCUGAUGUUCCGCGUCCUGUUCGACCGCUUUGGCCACUCCGCGCGUUUCCCGCGCUACGUUUACACUGACGGCUCAGCUCGAGCCGUGACGCUGCAGGAGCUCCGCCCAGACUCCACCUACAUCACCUGCGUGGAAAGCGUGGUGGGCGGGGCUUUGUGCCAGGUGGCUCCGCGAGAUCACUGUGCGGGUUUCGUCACCACGUCACCGUCAGCGGAAAGCGACGUCAAACUUCAGCACGUGACCGCGGCAGUGCUGGCGGCCAACGCACUGCUGAUCUUGUUGGUGGGCGGGGUCUGGCUGGGGCGCGUUCUAAAGAGGAGGAUCAAAACCCGCAAGUCGUCCACGCACACUCAUGUGCGUCACAUGUACUCCACGCGGAGGCCCUUCCGGUCUGCCAUGGCAACCACAUGCGUCUCCUCCGAGUUCAGCGGGUAUCAGAGCGGGCGCCCAUUGGCUGAGGAGGGAGAUCUUAUCCAGUUUCCGGUCGACCGUUUUUUUGACAGCAGCUGUACUCGCAGAGAUGAUGAUUCUGUAAUACCGAGGUUAUCCGACUAAAUCUGAGCUUCUCAUCUUCUCAUCUGCAGUGCCUAGUGCAGAUGUAAUGUGAAGGGGUGUGUGUGUGUGUGUGUGUGUGUGUGUGUGGUUAUACAGGGCAAAUAUUUCUGCUCAUGCGCCAGUAUCCAUGCGAGCAAGCAUUACCCAGACAAGGAUAAAACAUGUUCUUACUGUAAGAAAGUGGAAUUAUUACCUAACCUUGAGCUGUGAAUACAGACUUCACUUACAGCCUGCUGGUGUGGAAAAGGUUCACAUGUAUCCGGAUUCUUUCAGCUGUUUCUUUUACUUUCCAGCUCUUUCACACAGUAGUAAUGUUGCUACACAGUGGAUUACGGCUGUAAAUGGAGUUUCUUAAAGAUGUGUCUCAGUGACUCCAUCUCAGGAAAAGAGACACAGUUUGCUCAUUAAGUGCUGUCAUUACUCACACCUUCAUGUUUUAAAAUAAACAGGAGGAAAUAUACCAACAGUGAGCAAGUGUGUGUGUGUGUGUGUGUGUGUGUGUGUGUGAAUCUUUCUCAGGACUGAUAAUAAUGAAUACUAGGUAUUUACUGUUAGAAACUUACAGAUGAAUGAUACUGUAAAUAAUGCCUAAUAAGGGACACACUAUACCGGAUGUUCUGAGCAUGCAGAGGAUAAGCUUUGCCUUUAUAUAAAAUAUACACGUCUAUUUAUCUGUUUUUGUUUGUUUAUUAUUAGUGGUGUUGUCUUACACUAAACCAGAAUUUAGGUGCAAUAUCAAUGUUAUUUAGCAGUCAGAUUAUAUUAAACACUAAAAUGAAGUGCUAAAUGCAGACACAAGUACACGUAUAAGAAAAACAACAUAAAUGUAGCUCAAG